AAAUAACAACAAAAAAAAAUAAAAAACAAAAAAAAAAUGCCUUUAACAAAACAACAAAAACAUCGUUUGAUAAUAAUAUCGGCUGUGAUAAUAUCAUUAUUUCUAAUCACUGCAUCCAUAUACAUGCAUAUACGACAAAAGCCUCACUUAGGACGAAUGCGGCACGAUAAUGGCCGCUCCAUGACAAAUCAAAAUACUGACAAACUGUACAAAUCCGUGAAAUCAACAGCAAAUACCGAUCGGCAACACUUCCAAAUGCUUACACGACAAUGUUUACACUGCUUGUGUGCAAUGAUAACCGGUUGUCAAGCAGAUGGUUGUGAUACCAACUUACCAUGUAAUUUAUAUCAAAUAUCGAAAUCAUAUUGGAUCGAGGCUGGGCGACCGCAAGUUAAUGAUCAAAACCACAAAACAUAUUAUAAUGAUUACGAUGAAACUGACAAAGACAUAAAUGAAUUUGUGACUUGUGCUCGGAAUCGCAUCUGUUCAGAGCAGACUAUAAACAGUUAUAUGCAGAGAUAUUCCAGGGACUGCAAUCAAGAUGGUAUCAUUGAUUGUCAAGACUAUAUUGCACUGCAAAUGCUAGGCCAAAAUGAUUGUAUGCGACAGCAAAUGUCAGCCACACACAUUAGCCUUAUGAAUGAGUGCUUAAAACAACAUUUGCAGAAAUAAAACAAUAGAAAAAGACUAAAAUGUUGUACAUUUUAGAAACUUUAGAAAAUGUCUUCUUUUUUUUAUUAUUAUUAUUAUAAAUAAUUUUACUAAGAAGAUAAAACAAUAUUCACAUAAAGCCAUCCAUUAGUUCGUAUUUGUAAAGCAAAAAGAGAAAAGAAACAUUUGUUGUCUUUGUUUAUCAUCAUUUUGCUUUUUUAACUUAAAAAAUUACAUUUCAUUAAAACGAUCUACGCAAACAAUUGCAAACUGUCAAAGUCGCUUUGGAUAACACAUUUUACUUCAAAAAAAGCCAAUAAACUUUUUAUGCGUAAAAUAAUUAUUUGCAAAAUUUAUUUC